AUGGACUUCGCAAACGGGACCUCCACAAAUGGUGUCAAUGGUGUCAACGGACACGACGACGCCUCCCAGCGACCUCUCAAUAUCACAGUAUGUGGAGCAGGCAUCGGCGGUCUGAGUGCAGCAAUCUUCCUCCGACAACGAGGCCACACGGUGACUGUAGUCGAAGCCUCGGGCUUCGCCAACGAACUCGGCGCUGCCGUACAUCUCGCCCCCAACGCUAAUGGCCUUCUACGACGUAUAGGCCUGAUUCCCGAAGCGCAAGGCGCGGUCAUGUGCAAGCAGAUGACGCAGUUGCUUCCCAACGGCCGGGAACUCUUCAAUGUAAACCUUGAAGAAAGCGCAGGACGGUGGCAGCACCCCUGGCAACUCGCCCACCGCGUGAGUCUGCACAGCGAACUGAGGCGAAUCGCUACCAGCGAAGAAGGACCAGGCAAGCCAGCCGUGCUCAAGCUCCGCUCCAAAGUUGUCGAUGUGGACCCCAAAGAAGGCACUGUUGUGCUGGAGAGCGGCGAAAGAAUCCAAGGCGACCUCAUCGUCGGCGCAGACGGCGUCCAUUCCAAAACCCGCCUACGCAUUCCAGGCGCAGAAAACAUCAAGACCUUUGGUAGUGGCAAGAGCGCAUUCCGCUUCCUCUUCCCCCGCCAAAAAGCCUUAGCCGACCCGGAUACGCGCAAGUUUGCCGACAAAGAAGGCCAUCUGGUCAUGAUCUUUGCUCGCGAUAGGCGAGUAGUCGUGUACCCAACGUCUGACAAUACGCUUCUGAAUUUCGUGUGCAUACAUCCUACGUCUGAGAGCCAGAUUGAUGCGCAAGGGCCUGGGAACAGCGAUUGGCAGAAGAAGGGAAAUCUGGACAAGAUGCUCGAGGUGUACAAGGAUUUUGAGCCGGCGGUGCUCAAGCUGCUGGCUAUGGCGGAUGAAGAGACACUCAAGGUGUGGGAGUUGCUGGAUAUGGAGCAGUUGCCUACUUGGACAGAAGGGAAGUUGGUCUUGAUAGGUGAUGCCGCUCAUCCUUUUACUCCGCACCAAGGCCAAGGCGCAGGCCAAGCAAUCGAAGACGCGGCCUCCCUCGCCGUCAUGCUUCCCCUAGGUGUCCCCCUCUCUUCCAUUCCCUCCCGGCUCAAACUGUACGAGCGCUGCCGCUACGACCGCGCGAGCAAAAUCCAAGAAUACUCACGUGUCGCGGGCCACGACCUAGGCACGGGUCCACACCUCGACGUAUCAAGAUUCACAGACUACAAUUUUGGCCACGACGAAUGGCACUAUUCGAGCCAGAUGCUGCGGAAGUGGGAGUGGGAGAAUAACAAAAGUCUACUGUGGCGAAUGCCGACGGUGUUUGGGCCUAUGCCGGGUCCGCGCCAGGACUUUUAUGGGAGGCAGAGGGAUGGCACUGCGGCGACGUUUUCAACGGCGAGUGUCAAGGUGAGGACGAGUAGGACCGUGUUGGAGAACUUGCUGCCGCAGACUGGCAAGUUCAAGUUUGCUAUUGAGGAUACGACGGCGUAUGCUACCUUUGCAGUUACGCAGCUGGGAAAUCUCGAGUGGUUGGGCGGACGAGGGUACAGUCACUUUGGGCUGUAUGUGCAUGGUGUUGAGUAUGUCAAGGAGGAUGGGGAGACGGUCGUGGGCACGUAUUUGCCCGUGCUGUUUGAGAACCUUGCGGAUCCGAUUUUGAGUGGGAGGGAGGAACUUGGGUUUCCCAAGGUAUUUGCUGAUCUCGAGGUGAGCAGGGCCGACGACAAGUGCGUGUUGGACGCGAGUUGGAUGUCGUCGAAAUUCUGCUCCAUGAAGCUCUCCGGGUUACAACCAGCAGGUACUGCAAACGGUGAGGCUCCGGCUGUCCAGUCAGCACCUCCUAGAGACGAUGGCCUGCUAUUUCAUAAAUACAUACCCGCUACUGCGAGUGCGGGUAGCAAGCAGCGCGGACAGGCAGAUGUCGAGUACACUGCAUUCCUGCCUGGCGAUGAGGACAGCAAGACGGUGGAGAAAAAGAUUGAGCAGACGCUUACUGCCUCGACGGCCGAGAUUGCGUUUGACGCACUUGACUGGAAGGCACUACCCACACUACACCACAUUGUCGAGAGGUUACAGGAGAUACCCGUGUACGGAGUUGUCGAGGCAAAGAUUGUGCAAGGAACUGGGGUAAGCGAUGUGAGGUCAGCCCAGAAGCUUGCCUAG